AUGCUUGGUAAAGCCAUAAAGAAAAAGAAAACAACCAAAUCAAAACAACAAAAGAUUGACCCUUUGGAAAAUGAAUCCCUUCUAGAUUUUAUUAAAGUACUAAGUGUAGCCAAGAUGUUGGGAUUUAGGGAAAGUCAAAUAACAAGUGGCGGUGGUGGAGGAGGAGUUGAGAAAAUAGAUCCUACUGUUCUAUGGAUCGGGUCAUCUGAUACACCCAUCCCUCAAUUGAGUCAUAUAAAGAUUGAACAAAAAGAUAAUACUUUGGAUGCAUUUCAAUAUGUUGUUGAAUUAUCACAUGAUAUUGGAAACUCAAUAUCAUUUUCUCAUUUUAGAAUGGUUCUUGAUACUUUGGAUUAUGAAUCUUGUUUUAAUUUUUUAGAAUGGAUUGAACAAAAAGGAUGGAAAUUUCCAGUUUGUAUAGUUUGUGUAGAUCCAAUACCAUUUAUACCAUUGUUAAAUAGACACGAGUAUUUAGUGUUGGCUCCACAUUCUAGUUUGUCACACUUUUAUGUUCAAUCGAUGAAUUAUCGGUCAAAGAGUAAUAGAACAUUUAUUCAUCAUCAUACUCAAUCAACCACCACGCAAUCACAAAUGGUAAAUGGAGUUGAUCAAGAUGAUACAAUUGAAGAGGAUACAGAUGAAGAUGAUCAACCACCACCAUCAUCCAAAACAACCAUCAACAAAUCAGAUACUUUACUUUCAUUGUUGGAUGACAAUGAUAAUGUUGCAGAUGAUGAUGGUGGAGGAGGAGGAGGAGGUGAUUCCAGCAAGACACCAGUAAAAGCUAGUAAUAGAACAACUGUAUUAAAAAAUAUGUUUUCAACACCUUCACCCAACAAAACUACCGUCGUCUCUCAUAAUAUCAAUACCAAUCCCAACAUAUCACCUACCAACCUAGUAUCUAAAACUUCAUCUCCUCCAAAUCAAAAUGGAACUAAAUCCAACUACAAUAAUAAUAAUAAUAACAAUACCACACAAAUACUAACAAAAUCAGGUAACCAUUAUCACAACAACAAAUCUCCUCACUCUAGUACUGGAGAUGACCCUAUUCUUUUGCGUAUAUCUGCACAAAACACAUUCCUUUCAAUGCCCAACCACACGGUGAUUACUACUGGUCGAGUAGUGUCUGUACAACUGCAUCUCCGUGAUGCUCUUGACAACCCGGUACAAACUAAUCUAACGUCAUUGUCUCCUUCUGGAACCGGGCCAGUCUCGUCAAACCCCAUUCACAUCUAUCUCGAAGGACCACACCCUGUGCAAGGUCCUCACCCAGUGUACAUCUAUGUUGUCGGACCUGGCACCCUUGGUGUUUCCUUUUUACCCACUCACAAUGGAGUGUAUAGUCUCCACGCCGAUAUUGACUCGACCCCAAUCAAACAUAGUCCUUGUACUCUAAACUCUAAUAGCAAUGGCAAUAUCAUCUCUUCACCAUCGUCAUUUGUAAAUACUCAACAACAACAAUUAAAUAGUAAUAUUAGUAGUACCAGUAGCAAUAACAGCAACAACAGUACUCUAGAUGCAGCAAAUCAACAAAAGAAAAGAAAACAAAGGUUUUCAACUGGUUCAACGAUCGAUCCAACCCAACAACCAGAAGAAGAUGAUUUAUUAGACAUUUUCUCUUCACCAAGUAUUGGAAAAUUCUCAAAGUCUUCAAAUGAUCGUGUUGUAAAUAAUCUACCAAUCGGUGAUUCUUUUAAUAUUACAGAUCAUCUUUAUAAUAAUAAUCAAAAUAAUCAUGUUAUUAAUAACAAUGGUAAUGAUCAAUUGUUAAACGGAAAUAAUAAUAAUAAUAAUAAUUAUCAAGUUCAACCAAUAAGACCACUUCAAAUAUUAAAUAAUAAUCUUAAUCAUAUUGAUAAAGAAAAGGAAGAAGAAGAAGAAGAAGAAAAAGAAAAAGUGAUUAUAUCACAAGAUAAAAAGAUUAAUUCACAAAUUGAAGGAACACCAGCAACUUUGGCAAUUGAAGAAACACAAAUGGUAGAAGAUAAAAGCAUCGAAGCAACAUUGGCGAUUCAAGACACACCGGAAUUGGAAAGAACUAGCAGUAUAAGAAGUAGCGGUGGCGGCGGCAACAACAAUAUUAUAAUUAACAGUGGAAGCAACUCAGCAAGCAGCCAAGAUAUUCAAGCAACUCUUGUAAUGGAUGAUUUAUAA